GAAAUGGUUAUUGGCUGUAAGGUUUAUGUUACUGGUAGUUCACGAGAAAUUGGGUUUAACUCUAGGCUCUUCGAAUAUGCAAAUAGAGAGAACUGCAAUGACAAUUUCUUGUACUGUCCAACUUCUGAAGAUAUAAAAGUUGAUGGGAUUGCAGAUUUUAGAAAGCGUUGGAUCCGGGGUGAACCUGUUAUUGUCAAGGAGGUUUGUGAUGGCUUGUUAAUGUCAAGCUGGGAUCCAAUGGUUAUAUGGAAAAGAAUUCGAGAGACAACAGAAGAGAAAAUGAAGGAUGAUAGCAGAAAUGUGAAGGCUACAGAUUUCUUAGACUGGUUUGAGGUAAAUAUUGAGCUUGGUCAGUUUAUCAUGGGAUACUCAAAGGGUCGAAUCCAUGAAAAUGGUUGGCCACAAAUGUUAAAGUUGAAGGACUGGCCUUCCCCAACUGCUCUUGAAGAUUUUUUGUUGUAUCAGAGACCCAAUUUCAUUAGUAAACUACCAUUGCUUGAGUACAUCCAUUCCAAGUGGGGUCUAUUAAAUGUUGCUGCCAAAUUGCCUCAUUAUUCCCUGCAGAAUGAUGUGGGCCCUAAGAUUUUUAUUUCUUAUGGGAUGAAUGAAGAACUUGGUAGAGGUGAUUCAGUGAACAAUCUCCAUUUUCAGUAUGCGUGA